GGCUGGCUUUGUUUUCUGGCGUCCCACCACGCCAGCCUUGGAGCUGGGCCACCGAACAUCCUGUUUUCCUGCAACUUGCUUCAUCCCUUGUUUGCCUCCUCUUUCUCCCCUCUUUUCCCACUCUCCGGCCACCCACGGCUCACGCCUCAAAGGCUGCGGAGAAGUUAUGAUCCACACAAUUGCUCUGGGACGCUUCUCAGGAGGGGCUGCGUUUUGGGUAGGAAUUGAGCCCUGAAUACUCCCUUCACAGGUGAUCUGAGGACAUCUGGUGGGUUGUCCAAGAUGGUGGAUCCUCCAGAAACGAUGGUCCUGAACGUCGGAGGAGUCCGCUUCGAGACCUCCCGCAGCACCUUGAGGGCCUUCCCCAGGACCAAGCUGCACAGCCUCACCGAAGCCGAGGCCUCCACAGCCUUUGACUACGACCCCAGCGCCAAGGAGUUCUUCUUUGACCGAAGCCCCCGGCUCUUCCGCCAGGUGCUGAGCUACUGCCGGACCAGGCACCUCCACUGCCCGGCAGAUAUCUGCAGGUCCGCCUUGGAGGAGGAACUGGCCUUCUGGCAAAUCACAGUCUCCCAGCUGCCCCACUGUUGCUGGAUGAGGCUCAGCAAGACGGAGGACCCACUAGAAGGAUGGGGUGAGGACUUUGGGGAUGCAGAGGAAGCUGGUGAUGGCCAGGGUCUUCUGAGCCAAGUGGAGGGAACGAGCCAAGUGGAGGGAAUGACCCACCGGAAAUUCCAAAUAUGGACCCUCCUGGAGAAGCCCCACUCUUCCCGAUGGGCGAUGGGCUUGGCUGUCUUUUCCUUGCUCCUCAACAUCGGUCUCGUCAUCCUGGCCAAUGUAGAUGCCACCAGCUUUUUUGCCAUCGUUAAUGAAACCUCCCCUGUCUCCCAUCUGCACCACUGGAUCUUUUUGCACAAGGCGGCCACUCCCCUCCUCUACCUGGAGCUCUUCUUCAUCCUCUUAUUUUCCUUCAAAUUCUUCCUCCGGCUGGCCAUCUGCCCCAGCAAGAAGAAGUUCCUCCUGAGUCCUCUGAACAUGGUGGACUUCCUCUGCCUCCUCCCGGUCUUCAUCGAACUCCUCUCAUCCAAAGUUGAAUACCUUAUUGGCUGGCUUGGCCUCUUCCGAGUCGUCUACGUCCUCAAGCUCCUGAAGGUCUUCCGCCUGGUGGAGACUCCUCUGAUGCUGAGGAUCCUGCCCAGCCUGGCCAAGGCGAUCCUGAAGGAGGUCUUCCUCUUCGUGGUGGUUUUUGUCUUCCAGGUCUUCUUCUUUGGCUCCCUCUGCUACUACGCAGAGAUGAGGGGGCCCGAUAGCCACAUGGACAAAAUCACCUCUGGCCUUUGGUGGGCCUUGAUCACCUUGACCACCAUCGGGUACGGAGACAUGUACCCAGUGACCAAAUUUGGGCAAGUGGUGGGGGCCCUCACAGCCAUCACAGGGGUCCUCUCCCUCAUCGUCCUGACGGCCGUCUUGAUCGUCAAGCUCAAGGGCUUUUACGAAGCUGCGGUGGCCAAGGAGAAGAGGAAGAGGGCCAAGAGGCAGGCUGCCUGAAGGCCAUUUCGCACAAGAAGACCUCUUCCAUGGCUCUUGGACCCUUCUUGAAGAUGUCUCUUUGGCUAACAGAAGUGAUGAACACCUCUCUCC